AUUCAUUGUCAUUUUUGUCUAUAAAUUUUGUAGUAGUAAGGUUAUCUAUCUUAAAGUAUAUUAAUUAUUAUUGUUGAAAAAUGAAGAAACAGUUUUUUCGUGUUAAACAAUUAGCAGAUCAAACGUUUUUAAGAGCUGAAAAGAGUGAGAUACUAAACCAUGAAGAAUUACAAAUUGCUGAUCAAAAAGUUGAAUUUCUACGGGGUGCAAUUACAUCAAUUAUUAAAAAAAUGGCUCCUAAUGGUCCAACCAGUGAACUGGAAAAAUUUAUGAAAAAAACCAUGGAAUUUCAACUUGGCACAACGUUAAUUGAAGAAAGUAGGCAGUUUAAGGAAUGUCAACUAUUUCAAUAUAUAUUAAAAGAAUCUGGAUUGAUUGAGCAGCAACUAGCUCGUGAAAAUGCAGAACAUGAGAUGAAAGUUGAGGAAUUAGUUUAUACGCCUCUGCAAAAUGUUCUUGAAAAUGAAUUUCCCAAUGUGCUGAAACAUAAACAUGCUCUUAGAAAAUAUUGUCUUGAUAAAGAUUCUGCAAGUAAUAGAUAUAAUGCAACUAAAAAGGAAACUGUGAAAGAGGAUUUGGAAGAGGCAGAUAAUAAGGUGGAACAAAGUAGAGAUCAGUUAGCCAUUGAAAUGUUCCACAUAUUGUCAAAAGAAAACGAAUUUUCCGAGUAUAUAUUGCAAUUAUUAAAGUUACAGCGGGGAUAUCAUGAGAGCGCCUUAAAGAAUUUGGAAACAGUAAUACCUCAGCUGGAAAAAAAAAUAGGAAACAGUCCAGUAAGAAAAGUAUUUGGUACAGCCCUAAAGGAACACCUUCGUAUAACUGGUAAAAGAAUUGCAUAUCCUCUAGAAAUAUGCAUAUCUGCACUUUCCCAUUACGGUAUGCUAGAGGAAGGUUUGUUCCGAGUAGCAGGUAGUUCUGCAAAAGUAAAACGAUUAAAAUUAUCAAUAGACUCUGGAUGUUUUUCUGUAUUAAUACCUGAAUAUAGGGAUGCACACGUUUUGGCUAGUCUUUUAAAAUUAUACUUAAGGGAAUUGCCUGAACCUCUUCUUACCUAUUACUUGCAAAAAGAAUGGAUGAAUGCUAUGCAAUACCAAGGAAUUCAGAGAAUGGAAACUAUUAAAAAUAUACUAGAAAAGUUGCCACAGGAAAACAAAGACAAUUUAACUUACCUAAUUCAAUUUCUUUCUAAACUCAGUCAACAUCCUGAAAACAAAAUGUCGGCUUCAAAUAUUGCUAUUGUCUUGUCACCUAACUUGUUGUGGUGUAAAGAUGAAGAGGAAAGCGCUAACAUGGGAAAUUGUGUUUUAAUAAAUAUGUUAAUAGAAUUUUUUAUUAAAGAAGCCGAUUUAUUGUUUCCCAGUGAUGUGGCUAAAUAUGUAAAUCUUUCGAGGCUAUUUCAUGAUGAGGAAACUACGAGAUAUAAUAAAAUAUAUAAUGAUUUAAAACCUGAAAGUCCAAAACCGAAUACACGAAAAAAAAAAUCGGCACCUAUACCGCCAAAUUUGUUAAAUAAAAUGGAUCAAGACAUUUCAUUAAGAAGUUAUGACGUCAGCAAAUAUAAUAAGAACUUGGACAAUUUAAUGGUUAACGCAGGUGUUAAUGCAGAUUAUUCGCUUAAAGAAAAUUCAAAUGAAAAUAUUAACAGAGAUAUAAUCGAUUCACAUCAGAAACAACAAAGCGAUAGUUUAGAGGUCACUGUCCAAAAUGCACAUAUUUUAGACAAAGAUUCGCAACGAGUUUGUAUUCUAGAUAGAAAAGAAAUUGGUACGAAUAAUCAAUCAAGUCCAAAAGUACAUUCUUCAUUUUGUCAAGAAGCCAAACAUAAUGUAUCUGUAGAUUCGACAAAUCAGUUUACUGGUACCUCUGAUCAAAUACACAACAACAAACUAAGUGAUAACAGCAAAAUUUUGACGAUAACUAUAAAUUCACAUAAAACUGCUGAUAAUAUCGACAAUCAAUUGAGGCAAAAAAAUUUAGUUAACCGGCCAACCAAACCGGAAGUUCCAGCUAGACCACUGUCCCUAACAAAGAAGUCUGACAAUACAGAUUCAGUAUUUAAAAAAACCCAUUGUUCCCUUUAUAACGUAGCAGAUAGAAUGCACCCGAGCAUUAUUAAUAUAAAAAGAGAUAAUGAAAUAGCUCCAGCGAAACAUGAUAUUCAGUGUGCGGAGAAAACAAAAACGGUGACAAAAAUAGAUGGAAAUAACAAAUCCCAAAAUAAAGCUGAUGAGCGUCCCAUUUGUACCAUAACUACAAUGAAAAUAAACGUAAAUAGUAAGGAGUCAAUAAAUACACAUACUCUUAGUGAUUUCCAAUACAAAACCAAAUCCAAUGAACAAUUAAACUGUAUUGAAAAUGAAUAUUCAACUAAUUGUGAUAGAAAAAGUAGUCACAUACGUGCAAAAUCAGAUGGUAGCAUUAUGGACUUGGAAGGAGAAAAUAAUACUUGUAUGCAGGCAUCAUCUGUGUCAUCUAGGAAUUUAAGUAAACCGACGCAACCACCACCCCCUCCGCCCGAAGUAUGAUUUUAUAUAUUUAUAUACAUAGAUAUGAUAUAUGCAUAGGUAUAUCAUUAAUUUUUGUUAAAUGUUUUAUCAAAGCAUGUUAUAAAUACAUUUUAUGAAUUAUUGUGGUAACUCAAUAAUCUUAACAAAUAUUGAACUUUCAUUCAAACAUUUCUUAUUGCAAAUAUUUUCCUUCGUCUACAAAGUGUACCACUUAAUAUUCCCACUGGCGCACAGUGGGAAAUAUGGCAAAAAUUUUGCACACGGCUAUUUUAACCAAAUGGUGUUAAUUUCUUUUUUAUUCUUCAAAUAUAUACCUAUCUAUAUAUGAAUUUUUUAAAUCGAGUGAGAGCCCAUCAGUCUCAACACCAAAGAUAAUAAUUCGGUAUUUAAAAAUAAACAUAAAAAAUUUCGUAACUGAGGUUGAUUAAACAACGAAAAUAAUCACGUAGCUUCACAAUACUUUUCAACCUUAAACCUGAACCCAAAAACAUAACCUCAAAUUCAUCAAAUCUAACCACAAAGUAACACUGACUUUUCUAAAUCUAUGGGUAUAAUUCCUUGAAAACUAUAUUUUUGAGCUUACAUUUCCUAACUCCAAAACCAUAAACUUACACCCAUAAAAACCUAACCUCAAACCUUUCAAAACCUAACUCCAAACACUCAAAACUUAACAUCAAAUUCUAAAAACGAGCUAGAAAUUCAUAGAAUGUGUAUGUUGCACACCAAAUAAUAAAAGUUCUUAAAAACUGUUUUCUGGGACUUAUAUUUUUUAUUUUUGAAGCCCCUAACCUCUAUUUUGGAAUAUCUAACCUCAAAUCCAAAUAAUCUGAACUAGAAAGUAAAUAGAAGGAUAUUUUCCAAACCAAAGAAUGUAACUCAUUGAAAACUCUAUUCUGGGCUAAUAUUUUGUAUUUCUGAAGCCUCAAACCUGUUAUGUCCAUAAAAACCUAACCUCAAACCCUUGAAACUUAGUCUCAAAUCCACAGAAGUAAGUGGACAUUUAGAUAGAUAAAAUUUCAUUCAAUAAAUUAUAAAAAUUUCAACAAUUUAAGCUAAACUGUCAAACUGAAAAUUUAUAUUUACCGAAAUUAUUCGAUGGAUUGCAUUUCGAUAUCCUUAUUAAUAUAAGACUUAAUCCCUUUUACCGCGUCAAGGUAGCAGUCUUUAAAAGGGUUGUUUUUCUGUUUUUUUUUAUUUAUUUUUCUUUUUGUUUUUUCUUUUGUUUUUUCUUCUAAUUUUUAUUCAAUACAAUAUAGACUCUUUAAUCCGAACUCACCUUAAUUCAAAUAUCCACUAAUCCGGCCCAACGAAUGCCCGUUUCAAUGGUCCUCCUCAACAAGUAACAUUGCUCCGCAUGUUGCAGGCAUAAUUAUCAAGAAAGAAAUGAGUACUAAAAAGCAAACAUAUCACUGAUUUCUUUUGUAACUAUUAAACUGUUUCAAUGGUUUUUUAAAGUCUUCUUUUUAAUUUUUAAUAAAUUUGACGAUAAUGUUUGGUUUUAUUGUUAUUUUUUGCCUUCUCAGUAACACAUAAAAUCUAAUUCAUAUUAUAUGAAUGUAAAUAAACAUUUAUAUAUGUACAUAUUUACUAUCCAGUAAUCCGAAAAUAUCAGUAAUUCGAGCUUAUCCCUUUAAGCCUUAAUUAGUUCGUAUUAGAGUCUAUACUGUAUUACAAAAAUUUUCAUUUUAUUUUUAAAUACCUAAUUAUUAUCUUUGGUGUUGAGGCUAAUGGGUUCUCACUCGAUUUAAAAAUUCCUAUAUAGUUAUAUCAAAUUAUUGCACCAGGAUCAUAAAAUUAAGCAUUUUUGAAGAAGAAUAAAAAGAGAAAUUACCACUGUACAGUACAGUACAGAGUACGUAGAAUUUUUCCCAUAUUUCCCACUGUGUGGCGUUUCUUUAGAAACUUAAAUCAUAUUUUCAAUCGGUGCUUUAUUGGUGAAGUAGUUAUAGGUAUUCUGUAAAUGUUUGAAGUCCAUAUUCAGAAUGAUCAAUUUUUCGUCUAAAUCUAAUAGAUAAUGAUUAAUUAGAAAUUUUAUUAAUACAAUUUCAAAUGUUUUUAAAAGUAUUUUUCCUCGAUAAAUUAUUUUCUACACCUUACACUUUCGAUGAAUCAACCUGCAUUAUUUUUAUAAAGUGAAUUAUUUGUUUAAAGGGUCUAGCCGGAUAAGCAUGGUGAUUGGCCCCCAUGACUAAUGUGUAAAGUAAUAUAAGUUUUGAUAUUAGCACACAAUGAAAACAUCGUACAUAUCCCUUUUAGCGCAAGUUCUCAAACUACUUUAGAGAUAACGUGCAGAAUUUUUCAAAUUAAUUUUUCUCAAAAACUACAACUGAUAAAAAAAUGGAACCAAUGCGGAUCUUUGAGGAAUA